GGCCUGCGUAACUUUUAAGGUUAUGUUAGUAUUAAUUCAACCGUUGGCGGCGCCGAACGUACUGACGCCGGCUGUGUUAUUGUGUGCAUCUGUUGAGGAUCGAUACCCGUAAACUUGAGUGCAUUUGUGGUCCAUACGAAGUUAAAUCAAUGAAUUGAAAAACAGAAAUUGCUCCUGAAGUGUGCGGUUUUUUUUUCGGAUUUCUGCGAUUCCCAAAAUCGAGUCUUUAUUUGGUGCGCUAACAAUGGGAGCCCCAGCGUGGGGAUCCCGCGGCGGCGGCGACCGGCCUCGGUUGCUGAGGAUGACGCCGCUAAGGCACAGUUUCGCCGCUCCCGCCACGCCGCCAGCGCCACCGCCUCGAACUCACGAUUAUGCUUCCGAUGCGGAUACUAAUAAAAAAGAAAGCUGGAACGCGAACCUGUCUCAAAGAUGGAGAAAGUUGCGGCGUCGAUGUUCACGGUUGCGACCUGGAUCUGGUAAUGGAAAUCGUGAGCCGAGCCCAGUGCGGUGUUCGCCAUCGCCUCCGAGACCACCGUCACACUGUUCGCCCGCCCCACCCUCGAAGCUCUCGUUCAGACACCGGGGCAAAGUGUAUACAACUGCUUCAUUACGAGUGACAAGCGGGGCACCAGAUUUGCUUCGAGCUCUUGGAAAACUAGGUGGUGGGUUGCGAAGACGAGCUCUAUCGGCUCACGAUGUUCUUGCACCCCCACAGCAACAACCCUCUACAUUUUACGUCCCUAGCCCAAGUACUGUAAGGACGCCUCAAUCACCUUCACCGACUCGACAGAGCGCCACGAUUCGAAGACGGUGUAGCUCUCCGAAUGUGUACAGAGCGAAAGAAGCAUCUCGAGAUCGUACACCACUAAUAAAUCAAGAUGAUGAAAGUAGAGAUAUAGUAGAUUACAGUUACGGACUAGAACGCAAGAAAAAUGGAAAAGAGAUCCGAAGCAGGCCUUACAGUGAAAAUGUUGAGGUGGAGACUUUGUAUAGGAACGGUUACAACCGACUUACUUCGGAAGCUGCAGAACGAUUGUGGGAAGAACCUUACAGGUUGCCCCGAGUACAAGUUCGGCAGGAGCCUAUUCAGCAGCUCCGCAACUGUGUCGCUGAGCUAAGAGUGAGUUCGACUCCUCGGUCCGCUCGACCUCCACCGGCACCUCCCACGUCCGCACCAAAAACUAAUAAACGACCGCCCGCACCUGAACCGCGGGACACCCACACGUUUGAGGUUCGAUUCACAAAGUCAGCGGGCGGUAAAGGACUUGGAUUUAGCAUAGUUGGAGGGCGGGAUUCACCGCGGGGAGACAUGGGCAUUUUUGUUAAAACUAUAUUCAACAAUGGGCAGGCUGCUGAAUCUGGCUUGCUUCGUGAAGGAGACGAGAUAAUGUCAGUAAACGGUCGAGGCACCGCCGGGUUGACCCACAGUGAAGCUAUCCGGCUCUUCAAGGACGUGCGAGCUGGUCCCGUACUGCUGCGCGUGGCCAGGCGGGCCCCGGCGCGCUGACUGCCCUGCGCCUGCUGCGGGGAACCGCUUCAGGCGCAAUACAUCCCUAAUUACUCCACAUUGUAAAUACAGGACUUCUUAAAGGUGAACGAACUCUUACCCGAGCUGAACGCGUCGAACGAAACGAAUUUUAGAAAUCUGUAUAUUAUGAAAUCUCAUGAAACCUCGCACACUUCCCCGCGUCGUAUCGUCCGAAUCGGAAGAAGAUUUCAUACACAGAAUUCUAAAAUUCGUUUCGUUCGGUUCGGAUAAGUGUGCGUUCACCUUAAGGUACAGCUUUCAUGGUGCGUUUGUGCGUAACGCUACCUACACCACAGAGUAAGGAUAUGAAACAGUGUAAUUAAUAGUGCGGUACGUGCGGGACAAAAAGUACCCGAACUGACCUAUGUAGUUAGAGCCCUAUGUCAUCGUUGUCGUCAUUUACCACGAGAACAAAGGCGUCGGACUACUGUAUCUCUCUUAAUACGCUAUACACUUAUACGCUGCGUACACGCUGAAAUCAAUGGAAUGUAAGCUCGUCAGGCUGCUUGGUGCUUAUAGUCUUUUUACCCUUAGGUACCUCCUUACCCCUUAACUCUUUUGGCGGUUGAGAGAACAUGUAGGUAGGUAACCGUUUUUAUUGAAUGGUCAUCCUUCUAGUAUAGUUUUUAAUCCCAUGGUGUAGUCGUUAGUAAAUUCCCACAUGAUUCCCCUUUGACACUCAAAAUUAGUCCAAUUGCGCAGAAAUUAGCCAGCGUAACCGCCAAGAGGAUAUUUGACUUUGACUUUUGACUAUAUACAAUUAUACAAGCGUAUUGUGCAACAGGGAACCUAAUUUAACUUACAGAACUAUAAUUUAUUAUUAUUAUACUUCUGCUCGUUUUACUCUUACUGCAUAGAUAAUUUUUUAUAAUUUAACAUACCCGUACUUUACACUGGCAUACUUCUGCAUUCUACUCAUGAGCUUAGUAUAUAGGUACGAGCGUAAUAUUAAGUUUAUGGUCGUAACUCACAGUUACUUGAGUUUUAAACCAGAUCUGAAUCUACAUAUUAUGAUUUAUUUUUAAGUUUUAAAAAUGUAAGGAUUUUCUUAUUUAUAAGAAAGUUUUAUCUUUUACUACCUGUACUAUUUCUGCAAUUUAUGAUGCAAUUUAUUAUAAUUAUUUUGAUUCGGAUGUGCCUAGGUAAAUGUGUAUAAUCCAUACAAUAAUAAAACUUCAUAUAAGAAUCCAUCGAUCUACAAUAAUUGUAGGUAAUGGAUCUAUAGUGUGUCGGUUAGAACACAGGGGCAGACUCUAUUAUAAAAUUAGGUAGGUACUGCGGAUAACCUAAUUUUAUAAACUUAAUAAAUACCUAUUAUUUUAUUUAUGUAUAGGCAUACAGUAAUUGAAGAUAAAACCUAGAUGUAUAAUAUUAUAUUAAAAUGUUGUCGUUGAGUAGGUAUAACUAGUUUUUGAGUCGGAAAUUUACAGUAGAGAAUAUUUUGUAUAAAUUUUUAUUGUAUAAUAAUUAAUAAUAUAGGUACAGUCUACCUAGUUAUCCAAAGACAGAUUUUGAUACAUUUGUUAUAAAAUAUAAUGAUAAUAUAUAAAACUAAUGUAAACAAAUACGCACAUGGAUUUGUAAAACAGUAUUCAUCUGAAUUUGUAAGUAUUCAGGUAUUAUUAUUCUAUAUGUGUAUGUAUAUUUUAAUACUUAUUAUAAUAUUGUAUUUAUACCUAAUACUAAAUAAUGCAUACCUACUAUGCACUUUUCAAAGUUGCAGUUUCAGAAGUAGAUAAAAUACUUAAGUAAAUGCAUUUGUUUAUAUCUGCAUAGUUAGAAAUAAUUCUGGUUUAUUGAUUGCAUAAUACUUACUAAGAGAUAGGUAGAUAU